AUGCUAGACUCAGGUCCCACUGUCGAAAUUCACCCCAUACGGGACAUACGCACCCGCGAUGACCAUGGACAGCCCAUACCAGUCUCCGUCAAUCACUUCCCCCACCGCCAAUGCAAUUAUGCUUGCAAAUUCUGCUUCCACACCGCGCUCUCCUCCAACAAGCUCAAGCUCGAGAAGGCCCAGGGGGGCCUUCGCCUGCUAAAGGCAGCGGGCAUGCAGCGUCUGAAUAUCUCGGGUGGGGAGCCAUUUCUCCAUCCCGAGUUCCUGGGCAAGCUGUUUCGCUAUGCGAAGGUGGAGCUUGAUGUCGACACCGGCGUCAUCUGUAACGGGUCGAAGGUCACAGAUCAGUGGUUGGACACAUAUGGACAGUACCCGAAUUGGAUGGGUGUUUCGUGCGACUCGUUCAACGAGGACACGAACGAGCUUAUUGGACGCCGCGAUGGCAGCAAGCGCCAUGGGGAGCACUGGCGUCGCGUGCAGAGGAUUGCAGAAUACUGUCAUGCCCGGACGCCACCCCUCAAGUUCAAGAUGAACACAGUUGUGAAUCGCUACAAUGUCGAGGAGGAUAUGAAUUCCGCACUGGAGGUGCUGAAGCCGCAACGCUGGAAGGUGUUCCAAGUGCUUCUGCUUGAAGGCGAGAACACGGGCCCAGGCGCUCUGCGGAACGCCGAUGACCUCGUCAUCUCCAAUGAAGAAUUCCAAGGAUUCCUCAAACGUCACAAGGCGCACAAUCCCGUCGCCGAGGACAACGACGCGAUGGAAAAUUCAUAUCUACUCCUCGACGAGGAAAUGCGGUUUCUCAACUGCCAAGGUGGAAAGAAGAUACCGGGCCGCAGCAUCUUCGAAGUCGGCGUGCAUGCCGUGCUCGCCGGCGCCGGCUGGGAACCCGAGACUUUCGAAGAUCGCGGUGGUAUCUAUGACUUUGGAGGGCAAGAGCCUCCUCGUUCGCUGCCAGAAGCGCUUGUAUUCUAA